AUGCUCUUGGAGUAUGAAAAGGAAAUCUUAGAAAACAUCAAUCAUGAAGCUUGUCUUGCAGUGAUGUCAAAGGGGCUGAGAUAUACUGAGAUUGUUCUUGCACUUUUGAAAAUGUAUUCGAAUGAAUACUGUCUUUCUUUUGUCUUGAACAUGAAUGAGUAUGAAAAUGAGUAUUUUUCAAAGCAGGACAUUCCCCUCUUUUGCAAUGUAGGCAAGCUUGCUGCUAGUCAGAGAUCUGAAAAGUAUAAAAGCGGAGGAGUUUUCUACGGAAGCCCAACGGUCUUGGCUAGUGAUUUUGUGAAUAAAAGUGUGCAAAUAGAAAAAAUAAGUACGCUGAUGAUUUUAAAUGCAGAAAAUAUUGAACCUGAUUCCGCCAUUUCUUUUAUAUGCUAUCUAUUCAAAGAAAACAACUCCCUUGGGCUAAUAAAAGCAUUUACAUCCGAUGCCAUCAAGAUCUACGAAAGUGGUUUGGAGCAGAUUGCAAGGUCUCUGUGCUUGAAUAAAAUUUUAUUUUACCCACGGUUCCAUGAAUUGGUAAAAUCAUCACUAUCUGAAAUAAAUGUGACUCAAGUGCAUCUGAGGCAAAAUGAGUUCAUGGGCGAAGCUACAUUGCUGAUCGAGGAUGUUAUUAAGAAAGUAUACUCAAAUGCGCAUGGAGGCGUUGGAGAAUUUGAGUAUAUGAAAGUACUGAUUUACAACCAGCAAAGCCAUGACAUUGCUAAUUUCAAAAAACUGAUUUCUCUUUUGUUUAACACUGAUUCGCUAACAACAUUUUUGUACUAUCAAGCAAUGAUAGACCAACAAAAGAAAAAUAACUCUAGCAGCUCGUGGAUCUUUGAUGGAUCAAGCCAUGCUCUUUUGGAUGUUUUGAGGAAAAUGCUACAAAACGACGUUGAGAAAUCAAACGAAAAUACUGCAUCAUUUGUGUUUGAUAUUGUCAGUGACACAUUUAGAUUGGAUUUAAAUCCAGAGGAGCCGAAGCGUAUCAAACUAGACCCAGAGUUGUCGCACGAGUGUCUUUGUAAUGAAGUAAAUACUAUCAAAACUGCUAAAAACCUAGGCAUUGAUGAGAACAUCAAUAAAUCCUGCAUAGACGAGCAUAAACAACAAGAUGUAGAGAGCAAUGAAAAGGAGGAUGUUCUAUCUGAGAUUUUUGAAUCCAAGUUGCUAUCAGGGUUUUAUCUUGCAAAUCCUAAAAUUAAACAAAUUGCUGAAAUAUUAAACCAAGACCUAAAAGCUAAGACAGCCAUACUCGUUCAGAACAGAACAGUUAGAAAAGCAGUCAAGCAGGUGCUGGUGAGCAUUUUUAUGUCUGAUAUUAAUGUUAGUAUUUUUACUCACGUUGAAUUUUUGCAUUCGGAUGAUUGUAAUUACAAAAGGAUUAUUCUACUGAAUCCAGAUCUGUUGUCAAUUAGAAAUGUUGAAUAUACAGCAACGAAAGGUGGAGCUCCUUCUGUUUUUAUCCUUCAGUAUAAAAAUACUGUUGAGGAGCAGCGCUUUUUGGAAGAAAUCAGAGAGGAGAAGUAUGCUUUUGAGAAGAUAAUUGAAGAUCGGGCUCGAUUGCCUCUUAAAGUUGGGUUAGACAGAAUAGACAUGGAUGAUGGCUCACCAGAUUGCAGGUAUACGGUUACUGUUGAUUCCAGAGAAAUGAGAUCCAAACUGCCAUUUUUUCUUUACAGAGCGGGCAAUGAGAUUAACAUCAAGGUUUUGGAGAUCGGAGAUUACUUGCUAGGCACAACCAAGUGCAUCGAGAGAAAAUCAAUUGAAGACUUCCUUGGAUCAUUAAACUCAGGCCGUUUAUAUCAGCAGGCGCAGAGACUAACACACGCGUACACAAAUCCAAUACUUCUUCUCGAAUUCAACGAGGGCAAGCCAGUGCUUGGUGACUUUGACGAUGUUGAAAACUUUAGAAAUUCGUAUAUUGCCAGGUUUUGUCUUUUUUUGUACAAUUUUCCUAGUUUCCAGGUCAUAUGGUCGAAUUCCCAUACCAAUACCGUUAGGAUUAUUAGAGAUAUGCAAAAGAGAGACGAGGCUGAACAGAAAAGCGCCGACGAAUAUGAUCCAGAGCUGAUUGAGACACUGCUAUGCAUCCCCGGAAUCAAUAGCUUCAGUCUAAACAGAGUAUGUAAAGAAUUCAGAAAUCUGUACGAUCUUUCAGCAAGCAAAAUGGAAAGACUAGAAAAGGUGCUUGAUAGCAUAUCUGCAACAAAGGUGUAUAAUUUUUUCAGGCACAAGUUUUAUGAGGAUACCAAAUAG